AGAAAGCACAUUCUGAAUUGCUGAUAAACCUCCACCGGCCUUCCAACUUGAGACUCUUACUAUAAAAAAGGCCGAUGCCAUGUCCUGCCUGAAUCUUGCAUUAUAAAUAAACAUUAUUUGUCCUUCUCAUUAGUCAUUCGCUCAGAUACCACAAGGAAGAGAUCCAAGAAAAAUCUCAUUUCGAUCUUUAUUCUUGCUGCUUUUGUUAUCUUUUUUCUUUUGGGAUCUUUUCCUUUCCAAUUUUGGUGUCCAAAAAUGCCUCAAGGAACGCUCCAAGUCCUUCUUGUUGGUGCUAAGGGUCUUGAAAACACCGAUUUCCUCAAUAACAUGGACCCUUAUGUCGUCCUCUGUUGCCGUAGCCAGGAGCAGAAAAGCAGUGUUGCUUCAGGGAAAGGGAGUGAACCAGAGUGGAAUGAGAAUUUCAUAUUUAAAAUAACAAGCAGUGUCACAGAACUACGAUUGAAAAUCAUGGACAGUGAUUUUGGUACUGCAGAUGAUUUUGUUGGAGAAGCAACCAUUCCGCUCGAGCCAUUGUUUUUGGAAGGAAACCUUCCACCAACAGCGUACAAUGUAGUCAAAGAUCAAGAAUACAAGGGAGAGAUUAGAGUGGGCCUCACCUUCACUCCAGAGGAUCGCCAAAACCGUGGUUUCCAGGCAGAGGAGGAAAGCUUCGGAGGAUGGAAGGAGUCUGCAGCAACUUAUUAAGCACCUUGGUUUGGAAAUGGCGAUGAUUGGGCUUGUUUGGCUUUAAAGUUGAUGUGUGUGAGAACUUGUUUUGAGAACCUUUUGAUGUUGAGACAAACUUGGCUUCAUGUAUGGCAUUAGUAAUAGUAAUAAGCUGUUUCCCAUA